UGGCGGGAAACGUUAUUCCAGAAGAAGAACUUUGACACUUUGUGUAUUACGAAUUUCACCACUUUUCCAUGAUAUUGUGGCUAUCGAAAAAUCUUUUAUAUUCAACCUUGGCGCAAUAUCGUCAGGCUGGCUAGGCCACUUGGUCAUGUAAGAGGCUGAACUAAUUGGUAUAAUAAUGUAGUCAUUUUCAUUACCUAACAAGCAAUGGCUAACUAUACAAGAACAUCAUCCCAGGAAACGUCAACCAGUGUUGCGUGUAAUGUUGAUACCAGAUAUUAUCCUCAUCUGCUUUUGCUUCCUGCAGCAAUUAUUCUGACGAUUUUGGCAUCUCUGCGACGAAGAAAGAGUUUUAAGAAACACGUUUGGGGAGGUCGACCUGGGCUUGUUGUCCCUAUAGAUUUCCUCGGUAUUGAUCAUCAUCGUCUUGCCAGCAUGUUUGUGUUUGGAGCUGCUACUGGAUCAAUCAUCGUUCUAGUUGCAUCACUAGGGCUCCAAGGCAAAAACGCUUGGGAAAGAGUGUUUUUCGUCGUCGGCAUUGCAAUUGAAUGUGCUUUCCUUUAUUACCCGUUUUUUGCUUGCCUGACGACGUAUCACAAAAUUAUUGGAGCAAUGAUGGGCCUUCCUUAUUGUGCGAUAUUUUUCUGCCUAUAUUUGACAAGCACUUUCCAGAAAUGUAAAAACAAUUCUUCGUUCCUAACUAAAGCUCUCGUGUUGACCGAGAUGCCUAUAAUAAUAUGUUAUGUGUUUAUUAUGGCCAAGUUCAUAUUCGUACUUUAUUGGGAAAUCAAAAACUAUGGAAUCAGAGGAGAGCAGUUUUUUCCUGGCGACAAUAAAAGAACUUCCCCUCAGGUGAAGUUGGUCAGACCCUGGUUGAUGGAACACGUGAAGAACAUUUUUAAACCAAAACCUCGGGAAUAUGGAAGAGUUGAGUUUUACCUGAGAAAAUUUUACAAUCCCCAAAAAGAUUUUAAGUUUUCAACUGAAACUCUUUCUGUGAUGAUGAUCUGUGGCAUAAGUCUCUAUAGCCUCGCCAUCGGUUUGAUAUAUUUGUUAUAUGAAAAACUGAAUAAUCCUGGAAAAUCGAUAUUUCCUCCUUGGUUGGUCAGUGGAUAUUUAGAUCUUAAUGAUGCGGAAAGAUCACUUUUAGCUGGUGUAAUCCUGACAACUGCGGUCUGUGCGCUCUCCCUCGUUCGUUUCAUGGAAAAUCAUAAGAAUAACAUGGUAAAGAUGUUUAAAGGGGAUAAAUCGUUUAUUCCUAGGAAUAUAAGCGUGUCACAGUUUAUGAUUGCAAUAGGACUUCGUUACCACAGUUUUCAGAUUGGAUACUUUCUGUGGGGUGAGUUCUUGCUUGGACCAUAA